CCUUUUGCAUACCUCAUAGGUGGUGUGGAAAAUGCAAAUUGGGUGUUUAAUUUAGAAUGCCCAAAAAAUUCUCUUUUUUCAGAUCUGGCAACAAUGCGAAAUGUUAUAAAAAACGCAAAUUUUCAGGCACUCUCACACUGGAAUAAGUUGGACAUCCCUUUAUCCCUGAUGCCAUGUUCGCGAGCAUGUGUGACCGUGUAAAAGCCGCUUAUGAAUCUAAUGCAGUGGUCGGCACUCCAUACCACAAUUGUGCCGACUCAAGUCACACGUACGCUUAUAGCCUAGACAGACGACAUCGCUAAUUUGCAUUAGCGGCGAUGAUUUGCUUUAACUCGCGCAUUAAUUCAUUUUAAAGCAAAUUAGUAAUGCACAAAAAUUUCGUGCAUUUAGCUGAAUUUACCACAUUUGUGCUGGCAAUGCUGCCCAAAAAUGCCCGAUUUUUGCUAUUGUGAAUGUUAAUUGAUAGAAAGAAGAAGAAGAAAACGUCAACAAAUGAUAGAAAGGAAAGCGUUAGAGAAGAUGGCAGAAAUUAAGCAGCGAGUGGUUUGGACUAGCACUGAUGAAUGUGUGUUAAUUGACUUGUGGCGUGAGCGGGCCGAUGAUUUAAGACGUGCCAAGCGCAAUUUGCAUAUAUAUGCCGAUAUAUCUGUGCAAAUGGCACAUAAAUUUACUCCGAAGGAAGUCCAUAUUAAAAUUAGAAACUUAUCACAAAGAUACAGAGAAGAAAAGAAGAAAACUGGCCCAUCGGGGGGCAGCCCAUCGACGUGGAAAUAUUUUGAUGCGGUGCAUCAAAUCAUAGGGCUGACUGCAGCCAAUAAUGCAGAAAUUUAUGAAUCAUUAACUGUGGACAUAUCGUCAUCAACAUUGCUGCCGUUACCGCCAUCUGUACCUGCAGCAUCACCAGUAACAAUGUCCCCGGAGCCGUUGUCGCCAGUAAUACCAUCGACCAGCUCGCCAUUGUUGUCGCCACUGGAUACCUCGUCCACAUCCAUGAGCACUUCUAAAAAGAGAAAUUAUAUGGGUGAAUUGGUGAAAGUGGCAAAACAACAACAUGAAUUGCUUAAGGUAGUGGUGGAAGAUGGAAGAGAUUUAAAAGAAAGAAUCAUUAAUUGUAUUGAAGAACAAAAUAGUUCUACAAAAGAAUUUAGAAGAGCAACUUGCAAGCCUCUUCCAACUUUACGGAAGCGCGCUUUAAGUUGA